AUGGCCCCUCCACCCACCCCCCAAGCCGGGCGCCACCGACACCGUCACCGACAACAGCACCACCACCACCACCACCACCACCACCACCACCACCACCACCCCAGCACCCCCCGGAACACAAACAUAGACAUAGACAUAGACUGCGCCCGCACCCGCCACACACAAGAAUGGUCCGCCAUCGCCGCCGAAGCCACCCGCGUCCUCCUCUGCAAGCGCCGUGCCUACUCCCUGAUCGAGCCGCUCACGCCGGCCACCACGCGUCGGAUCCGCAGCCGCAAGACCCACGAAGAGCCGCUUCUCUGGACGCUCGCCCACCGCUACAACCGCGCCGCCGUGCACACCCAUGGCCUCCAGCCGUCACUGCGCCUCUGGGAGAGCGGCAAUCUGGCGAUGCAGCUAGGCACGCCGUACUGGGGGCUGCGGCACAUCCUGCGGCGCCACCAGGCCAAUUUCGCUGCGUACGGGGUGGAGGAGAGCGAGGUGUGUGAGCUUGUGAGGUGGCAUAUGGUGAAUGGGAAGCCCGUGUUUGGGGAUCAGAGAUCGAGGUGGUAUGAGCUUGAACUUGGUGGGGAGGGAGGCAGGCCGGGAAGGGAGUAUCUGUGUGUGAUAUAUGCAGCGGGGAUGGGAGAGGAGCUGGGUACGGUGCUGAGUGCGUAUCCGGCGACGGAGAAGAGGCUGUAUGUGGAGCGGAGGAGAAAUCGGGGCCUCAAAAGGAUUCCGAAGGCGGGGAAGGUGACUUCGCCGGUGGUGGUAGGAUCGGAGGGUGCAUCGAAACCUACAUAUCCGCACGACCACGCAGAAAAGGAGCCAGAGACUCAGAUCUCGAGACUGGAAGAGGUCAAUGAUAUCCCGGGGACCAUGGCAAUCGCAACAAAGCCCAAACUGGGAAUGACAGAAACCACACAGGUGAACCUAGAGCUGACCCCUGAUCUAGCUAUAGAUCCUGCGCCCGCUAUCAUUACCCCAAAGCUCGAACUCACAGCCAUAAUGACCCCCGAGUUUGUAUCCACAACUGCAACCACCCCAGAGACUCCCAAGAAACGCUUCAAAAUAAAGCGCAUCUGGCACUCCUUCAGCACGCCCCAAAUCCGCCGCCUCUUCCUCACCAACGAGGAAGUCGACGCCCUCCCCGGCACAACCCAAGAACGCAGCCACCGCCGCCGCCUCGGAAAGUCCAUCCACGCCACCUUCUUCGCGCCUCCCCGCCACUCUCCCCGCAUCAUCGUCCCCUCUCUCUCCCCCACCCCCGAAACACCAGCCCGAGCGCCCCGAAUCCACCGAGACCCCGAAAUCCCCCCCAAAGAGCCGCCGAAGCUCGCCCACAGAGUCGCAGUACGCCCCUAUGCACCCGUCCCGCGCGUCCACCGCACCCACGCGCCGCCCUACCGGCCCCGCCCACGCAUCACAAAGUUCCUCAGUCGGCGCAAGAUCGUGCGUUGUAUCCGCGGGCGGCCGUUCGUGCGUGCUGACCGGCCGCGCGGGCUGCGGCGGCCGACGAGGAUGAGGGUGCGGGGGAGGGCAGUGAUGAGGAGGGAUAGGAGGAGAGAGAGGUGGUCGGUGACGAGGGGGACGCCGGGGGAUAUAUUGGCGGUGUUGGCAUCGCUGGUGAGGGCGCGGAGGGGGGGGGGGGAGUUGAUAGGAGGUGGGUAA